AUGCCAGGCACUGAUCCUCACAACAACCUUAUGAGGAAGCCUAGUUGGGAAGCCAUGGUGUGGGACAAUGAAACAGCCCAGCUGCCAGACUCAGCACCCAUCCACUGCGUCUUCCACGAGAACUUCAAGCACCUGCUGCUGCCACCUGUGUACUCAGUGGUGCUGGUGGCAGGCCUCCCACUGAAUGCCUGUGUCAUUGUCCAGAUUUUCAUGUCCCGCCGGGCCCUGACCCGCACAGCCGUGUACACGCUGAACCUGGCUCUGGCUGACAUGCUAUAUACCUGCUCCCUGCCCCUGCUCAUCUACAACUAUGCCAGAGCUGACGACUGGCCCUUUGGUGACUUAACCUGUCGCCUGGUUCGUUUCCUGUUCUAUGCCAACCUCCACGGCAGCAUCCUCUUCCUCACCUGCAUCAGCUUCCAGCGUUACCUGGGCAUCUGCUACCCUCUAGCCCUCUGGCACAAGCGUGGGGGCCGCCGGACUGCCUGGCUAGUGUGUGGGUUCGUGUGGCUGGUGGUGACCACCCUGUGCCUGCCCACAGCUGUCUUUGCCACCACGGGCAGCCAGCGCAACCGCACCGUCUGCUAUGACCUGAGCCCGCCCCACCUGGCUUCCCACUACAUGCCCUAUGGCAUGGCCCUCACAGUCAUUGGCUUUCUGCUGCCCUUUAUUGCCCUGCUGGCCUGCUACUGGCGCCUGGCCCGCCAUCUGUGCCUCCAGGAUGGCCCUGCAGAGCCUGUGGCCCAGGAGCGACGCAGCAAAGCAGCCCGCAUGGCAGUGGUGGUGGCGGCCGUCUUUGUCAUCAGCUUCCUGCCUUUCCACAUCACCAAGACCGCCUACUUGGGGGUGCGCUCUGCACACCGUGUCCCCUGCUCCAUGUUGGAGGCCUUUGCGGCUGCCUACAAAGGCACGCGGCCCUUCGCCAGUUUCAACAGCGUGCUGGAUCCCAUUCUCUUCUACUUCACCCAGAAGAAGUUUCGUCAGCGGCCAAAGGAAUUGCUGCAGAAACUCACGGCCAAAUGGCAGCGGCAGGGUGGCUGAGCCCAUUGUGGCAAGGCACCUGGGGCGUGGACUGUUUGCCUUUGUGACUGGGGUACCAGAGGCCCCACCAACCCAAAACCAUGCAGAAAGCUUAACUCAGUUGGGCAAGGAGUAAGGUGGCCCACAGACCCCGAAGUUUCAACAGUGAUUUCUUGAGCCCUUUCUUUGUAUUAGCCUGUGGUCACAGGGACAGGAAAGUCCUGAACCUGGCUCCCCAGAAGGCCCCUGUUGACCAUGGAGGGUAGGGAGACCAUAUUAAGCUAUUCACAAAAAUAUAGUGUGGCAUGAACUGUAAUUGAGGAGUAUGCUGCAUGCUUUGGACUCACCAAUGAAGAGAGUAGGGAAGAUGGGAGGAGGAAGUGAGUACAUCUGGGAAGGGACAUUUGAGGUGGGUUUUGAGGGAUGAAUAUGAGCUCUGUAGGGGAGUAUGAUGUUCCAUUCAUUCAGCAAAUCUUCACUGAUACCUUGUGCUUGCAUCUGGGUGGGUUCUCAGACCCCAGAAGAAGCAGUCCCAGCCCUACCUCAUGCAAACUCCCAACUACUAGAUUUACAAACACUGACAGUAUAAUAUCAGGGAUGUGACAGAGGGAAGCAUGGCUGGGGGAAGAGAUGCUUAAAGGAUGCUCAUGACUAGGUCUGAGGAGUCAGGAAAGAUCUCUAUGACGAAGGGUCAUCUGCACCUGAUGAAUGAAUGGGAGCUUUGCAAACAGAAGUAUAGCCUGGGCCAGCCUUGAGUUGGGCUCUGCCUUGAGGCUGGCAGCCAGAGAGCUGGGGUGGAGGGCAUGUGGCCUCCUGUUUACAAAAGCUGAGAAAAUAAGAGCUAUCCUGCAACCACCUCCAAACUAGGUCAAGAGCAAGCCAGAUGCUUCAGUUGGUGGGGGCUCAGCAGAAGAAAGUAUCGGAGAGGAAUUCCAAAGUCAGAGCGGAGGCGAGCGCCCCUGCUAGAAGGCAUCCUGUGUUCAAAUUCUGGAGGUGGAGAUGUGUUGAGUCCAUCUGGAAAGCAGCAGUGAGUUUCAAUUAAGCCCCUGGGUAUCGCUUGUGUGGAGGAGGUGGGCAAAUACGGAGCUGGUGGGGCCAGAGUAUUAAAUGCCAGAAAAGCCCAGACCCGCCUCUUCUCCACCCUCCUCUUCACCCACCUCUUCUCCAUCCACCGCUUCAGAUGGGCCUCGUUCAGGCUCAGGGUGUCCUUGGUACCUGGGAGUACUUCUACUGGCAACCCCUCCCCAAAUGAGCAGAAACAGCCCUUCAACACAACUUCAUUCUAAAAGGAGAAGUCAGCAGCUGAGGAGACGCAAGGCUGCCAGGAGGCAGAUACUUGGAGGUUCUGUGGUCUAGAGCCCAUGGACCAACCAGGCUGAAGACAGGCAGUGCCCACGGACUUCCACCCUGUGCUCUGCACUCCAUCAUUUGGAGGGUGGGCACCUGGAAGGCUGCCUGGAGGUCACUCAGAUAGAAGCAUCUUAGACCAGGGCCUUAAAGAGCCCCAGGAAAGCUUCUUCAUGGAAGUGCCCAAUGGAGGCAGCAAAGGGAAGUCCCCCCGCAAACCCUUUCACCUGCUCUUCUCCCACUGUGCACCUCUUCUCUCAGCCACACCUUGGAGGCUCCUCAUCUCCUCUGCUCUUUCUCCUCAUCACCUCCUACCUUUUCAGUCCUCGCUCCUUCUGCUAAGAUCUCAGUUUCUUCCUGUAGAAUAGUGUGGCCUGCACUUGCCUGCUGGAGUCCCAUACGGGUCCAUAAACAACAGAACCAGACACGGCAAAGAAGGUCUUCCUUUUUAUUUCUUUUCUUUUUACUUAUUGAAGUGACAUUAUUUUACAUCCUUUACAGUUUGGGAUGUUGACAGUGUGGGAUUACCCCCUCAGGUGUAGUCACUCUGACAUGCCCCCCCACCUAAGCAC